GUGAAAACACUGAUCAUUUUCAACGUAGGCGUUGCUGAGUGCUUCCUUCCCAACACGUAACCUGAAAAUUAUAAGGGGAAAAAUCUAUCGGGUAGGACUGAAACGUGAAUUUACAUUUAUCGGGGUCAAAAAUCUAACGCAUCUUCCUCCUCAGCCUGGAGAGGUUUUAGACGGUUUGGGCUUCACCAUUAGCCUAGUAGUCGGUCGCCUUCUUGCCGCUCGUCUUCCGUCACACUACCAGGGGUACCCACUAAACCAAAGUAAACGAAGCCAAGAGCAACCAGCCAUGGGUUUCAUGAUUGGUCAUGUCCCCUCGAACCCCGAUGGGUGGGGUCCCCCCGAGGGCCCCGCUGUACUUGAGAACCAGCUCCAAAAUGUGCCCUAUGCCCCCUUCUCCAAGUCUGAGAAGCUUGGCCGCAUUGCUGACUGGAGCCGCAACUAUACCAUGCGCCCCUCUGCCCGUGACUCCUCCACCGUCUUCGACUUCUCCCUCGAUGAUGCCGAUGAGGAAUCCUUUCGCCUUGUGGAUGGGAAGCCCCCACCACGGCCCAAGUUUGGACCCAAGUGGCGAUUUCAUCAAAAUCCUCACCGCCUCCUCCCUCAGCGUAAAGACGAGGAGGUUGAGGCCAAAAGGCGUGAGGCUGAGAAGCAGAGACUUAGAAGAGAUCGACUUUUCAAUCAAAAUCGUGCUAAUGCUCAGAAGAGGGAGGCGGCGGCAUUCAAGAGCUCAGUGGAUAUCCAGCCGGAGUGGAUGAUGCUUGAUCAGAUACCAUUCUCCACCUUCUCGAAGCUCUCUUUCUCAGUGCCGGACCCCCCAGAGGACUUAUUGACAAGCGGAGCGCUUGAGUUUUAUGACCGGUCGUAUGAUCGCAUCAACCCGAAGAAUGAGCGUCGCCUUGAGCGGUUCAAGACCCGCAACUUCUUCAAGGUCACCACCACAGAUGACCCUGUAAUCCGCCGUCUCGCCAACGAGGACCGUGCAACAGUUUUUGCCACCGACGCCAUCCUCGCCACUCUUAUGUGUGCACCACGCUCCGUCUACUCAUGGGACAUCGUUGUGCAGCGCGUUGGCAACAAGCUCUUCUUUGACAAGCGUGACGGCUCCCAGCUUGACCUCCUCUCUGUCAACGAGACCUCCCAAGAGCCUCUGCCUGAGGCCAAGGACGACAUCAACUCUGCCCACUCCCUGAGUGUUGAGGCCGCCUACAUAAAUCAGAACUUCUCCCAACAAGUUCUCAUUCGUGAUGGCAACAAGCUCACGUUCGAGGAGCCUAACCCAUUUGCCUCUGAGGGAGAUGAAGUUGCCUCUGUGGCAUACCGUUACCGACGAUGGAAGCUUGAUGAUGAGACCUCACUAAUUGCCCGGUGCGAGGUCCACAGUGUCAUCGAUGCAAGGGGACAACACUCUUUUCUCACCCUCAAUGCAUUGAAUGAAUUUGACCCGAAGUACUCUGGGGUCGACUGGCGCCAAAAGCUCGAAACUCAAAAGGGGGCGGUGCUUGCUACUGAGCUCAAGAACAAUGCCAACAAGCUUGCCAAGUGGACUGUUCAGGCUCUAUUGGCUAGUGCUGAUGUUAUGAAGCUGGGAUAUGUCUCGAGGAUCCAUCCCCGUGACCACUUUAACCAUGUGAUAUUGAGCGUGCAAGGCCACAAGCCGAGGGAGUUUGCAUCUCAGAUCAAUUUGAACACAUCAAACAUGUGGGGUAUUGUGAAAUCAAUUGUCGACUUGUGUAUGAAGUUGAAUGAGGGGAAGUAUGUCUUGGUCAAGGACCCCUCAAAGCCACAAGUGAGGAUUUACGAGGUCCCAGCAGAUGCUUUUGAGAACGAUUAUGUGGAGGAGCCACUGCCUGAAGAGGAGCAGGUGCAGCCACCUACUGAAGAGGAAGCUGCUGACUCAGCUAUGGCUACUGCUUCUGCUAGCAAGGUUGAUGAAGAGAAGGAUGUGGAUGCUGAUGUUUAAGGUUCUACUUUGGCUUUUUUAUUUUUCUAGUUAGUGCUCUAGAGUUGUGGGUUUUAAGUUUUGAGUGGUGGAUUAUCAAACUUCCUUAAAAUUUGUGUGAGGAUGAAAACUUUUGUUUCUGGUAUAUGUAGCUUUUUUUCCCUGAGGAUAUCAUGGGUGACUCUGCAGGCAGAGAUUGAUAUGACAAUGCUGGAGAGAUUGAUAGAGCUAGGGAUUAAAACAUUUUUUUGCAAUUGCCGCCAUGUUUGUUUUUCUAUUGUGGGGUUUCAAAUUUUGAAUGUUGAUGUUCUAUACUUUGCU